AUGGACCUUCACUUUACAGACACUCGCAAGUACGUACAUACCUAUUAUGGACCCUCUCUUUACGGACACUCGCGAGAAUGGACAAAAACCGGUGCCGGCGCACAUGAACAGUUAGUCUCUAUGGUCCUACACGGCCAGGAAGAGGUUGCCACGCGCCAGGAAGAUGUUGCUGCGCACCGUGAAGAGGCAAUUAUACAAAGUAAAGCCUUAAGCUUAUUCAAUGACCUGAAGGCUAAGAAAGGUGAAGCAGCAAAGGAUGCUGAAUUUGUUGCAAGCCGUGGAUGGUUUGAUAGGUUUAAGAAGAGGUCUAAUCUACAGAACAUCAAAGUACAAAGAGAGGCAGCUGCUGCAGAUAUUGAGGCUGCAGAAAGCUAUCCAAGUGAUUUUGCAAAAAUUAUUGAAGAUGGAGGCUACUCCAUGGAUCAAAUUUUUAAUGUGAAUGAGGCGGGUCUAUUCUGGAAGAAGAUGCCUGCAAGAACCUUCAUUGCAAGACAGGAAAAAUCAAUGCCAGGCUACAAGCCAGCUAAAGAUAGAAUAACCCUUCUGUUAGGUGGCAAUGCUUCUGGUACCUUAAAGCUAAAGCCUUUGCUAAUUUACUGUUUUCAAAAUCCAAGAGCUUUGAAGAACUACGUUAAAAUUAGACUUCCAGUGCAUUGGAGGGCUAAUAAAAAAGCAUGGGUAACUGCAGCCCUUUUUGAGAAUUGGUUUGACACCUGCUUUGUUCCAGAGGUGAAAGCUUAUUGCAAGGACAAUAAUAUCCCUUUCAACAUUUUGCUGCUUGUUGAUAAUGCCCCUGGACACCCUCGAACGCUAGAUGAGCUCAACCCUAACAUUAGAGUGGAAUUCCUAAGACCAAAUACCACCUCAUUACUGCAGCCCAUGGAUCAAUGUGUCAUAGCCGCCUUCAAGUUAAACUACUUAAAAAGAACAUUCAGUAAGUGUAUUGCAGCAAUAGACAAAGAAGAAGGUGCAGGGCAAAAAGUCCUAUCAAAAUUCCGGAAAAGCUACAACAUCUGGGAUUGCAUUAAAACUGUAAGAGAUGCUUGGAAUGACAUAAAGGAUACCACAAUGAAAAGGGCCUGGAAAAAUUAUGCCCACAAGCUGGAAGUAGAGCCAGAAGAUGUUGCUGAACUGCUUGCGUCCAAUACUGAGCCCCUUAGCAAUGAAGAUCUUCUAGAACUUGAAGAGGAGAGAGAAGAAGAAGAAGAUGUGCAAAAAGGGGUUGAGACCAUUGAACAGCCUGAAGGCUUAACUUCAAAAAUUCUCUUUCAAGCUUUCCGUCAUCUUGAUAGUGCCAUGGCUCUUUUUGAAAAGCAUGAUAGGGACUUUGAAAGAAGCUCCACAGUCAAUGGUAACAUUUCAGGGGCUUAUUCCUGUUACAAAGAAAUCUACAGAGAAAAGAAGAGAGCUACACUUCAAACCUCCAUAGAGACUUACUUUUCCAUCAGCACAGAGAUCAUCAUCAUCGACAGUCAUUUGGAUCCCAGAUCAUCAACAUCAACUGACAGCCCAUUUCCAGCUCUGACAUCACCACCCAGUCCUGCUCCUUCUCUUAUUGCUACUUGUAGUACACCCAAUUAA